CGGCACAUCCUAUUAGUGGCUAGUAUCGGGCAACUCUGUGGAAUAUAAUGUCGCAGGCCGUCUCAGCUCUCGGUCCUAUCGACCCGUCAAGCAUCCCUGACGCCGAAAACGAGAAACAUGCCCCUUGGAUAGUGAGGAAACUUGUGGGGUCAAUGACGGGUAGGAUUGUGAUGUCCAGCUACGAGACCUUACGAUCAGCCGGGACAAGCGUUAUAUGCCUUUCGCCUUGGGGCGACUCAUCUCCUCUACUCCUUCCUUGCAUCAGGUUUCGGGAUCUCGCCAUUCAUGCCGCUAUCGUUGCUACCGGAGGAGCCGCAACGGUGGCAGCACCUGUGAUGGGGCCAGUGACUGACGUUGUGAUCGGUACCUUUGGGGACACCAUCGCUGUGGAGUUGGCCGAGAUAGCCGGAUAUGAAGUCGCGGUCAGGCUCGGGGACGAGUUGAUCAGCCAUGGUAUCAGCAAUUCCAUCCCUAUGCAUUCAAAGGUAUUGGAAACGACGAGCGUCAAAACUAUGACUAUCACACUCAAGUACAAGCACGCGCACGAGGACGCCAAUCUAGGUUUCUUUCGCAGUGGUCUUCAUUCUGACUCAUCACUGUUUUCGUCUGUUAAGGACUAUCUGGCGAUUGAGAAGGGAUGGUUCUCACCGUAUCUCUUCGCGAGUGGGAGGCGCCCUGCGAUCCCGCGUUCAAUGACCCCCGAUAUUGUCUUCUGCCAUGGGCCGUUCUUGCAAGGUGAUUAUCGCGUUGGUGAAACGAUGCUAGCGCAAUCUGCGAAUUCCAUCAUUCUGUGUCCCGGCGUCGCCAUCGCCGAGCCGGAAAUCAGCCAAGAUCCUCACAAAUCCCCUUCAUUACAUGCUUCGUCUGCCAAGUCUUCCCUCCACCUCCCUUCUCUCAAUCGUGAUAUGUUCACGAGGUCGAGGACUCCAUCUCCGGAACCACAAUUGACACCGCUUCCUACCCCCGCUAAACCACGACGCCUCGUGAUCGUUGUGGUGGGUCUCAAACCUCACCGAGUGCUCUGGACUACAAGUGCGAGACCCGAGGAAAGCGUCAUACAAUACCAGCUUCUGAACGGCUGUCCUGCAAUUGUCGUUCCUGUCAAAGUCGGUGCCCCUCUGCUUGCUUGGGCUGGCAUCACGCUCGAGCAAAUGUGGCAAAUCGAAGUGCCGAAGGACGACCAACCCAUCGACCUGCGCGCUCCGAUCGUCGAAGGGAAUAUCAGCUUCCAGAACGUCGUGGCCGUGUUAUACGAGUUCUUGGACUUGUGCGUCGAUUGGGAGAGGAUGGAAUAUGUAGGCUCCAGUGGCGAGGAGAAGAAGAUGAGCAAUGACGAGGAGAAACGGGCUGCGCUCAAAGAAGCCUUGACACUUCUCGUGGCUGCUGCUGUUCGGAGCGGGGAAAGCAAGGCAGUAAAGAAGGAUAUCGACAAAGAGAGGGCCGGCAUAGCUAUGUGGAGAAUCCCAUAGCGUUGCUCAAUAUGUAGACAACAUGUUGUGAUUUGAGCUUCAAGGUUUACAGGGAUGUUAUAUUACC